AUGAAAUGUUUAGUGAUUAUCGGAAAAAAUAAUGAUUUGAUUAAGAAUACAGAUUGUCGUGAUGCAAAAACAUGGCCUUUCCUAUCCAGCUCAAUUUGGAAUACACCCAUUGGUAGUAAUGCAAGAUUUCAUGAUCCAGGCAUCUUUCGUUCGCCAUUUCCAUUACCAAAUAGUUUCUUUUCUGAUGAUGAUUAUUUUAUUGUUACUAAUAGUAAUGAUCCACUAACACCAUGGUUUAAUCAAGGUUGGUGGGGCAAUCCAGGAGCGAAUUUGAUAGUAACUGAAUUUGGUAAUAAUAAUGCUGCUGCACUACUACAACCAGAUAAUCACAGUAUAAUUAAUACACAACCAUUAUAUCGAUGUACACCUGGAUCACCAGUAUUGUCACUACUAAAAAGUGAUAUAUUGGGAAAAGAUGAUAUCAUAUCGGGUAAUGGCACAUGGGGUGCACAUGGUGGUAGUGGACUUUCUUCGAUUGGUGGAACUAUUCGAUUAGGUGAAUUGCUACCGAAUUCUUCACCAAUUCGACAUGCGCUCAAGCUACAAUUAUAUGCAAAACAGUAUUACUAUAAUCAACGACCUGGAUUUAUUUGGCCUGCAUUGAAUUGUGAUGGUUAUGCUUUCGAUCCAACAGAUCCAUAUCAUUACGGUGGUAAUGAUAUCUAUUUGUCACCCGGCUCUCUUCUUGCCAUUCCUUCUAAUAUCUCUGUCAAUGUCACAACUCUACCAGGCCAAAAAUUAUUAUUUGUAUUAAAAUAUUAUGGCGGAUAUUUAUGUGAUGAUACCUAUGCUAAUCGUGGCACAAUAAGUACAGAACAUGGUGUUACUGAUGAAUUUCAAAAUGUAUAUGGUUAUUCUUUUAAUUCUGGCUCAACAGGGCCUGGUGCUGCAUGGUACAACGAUCUGUUAGCACUAUUUCAAUCAUUACGAGUUGUUAUCAACAAUAGCAAUACAACAAUAGGUGGUGGAGGAACACCAUUACAACCACCGCCACCACCAAUUUGUCCUGUCAACAUAUGA